GGCUGAGCAGGAACCAGGUCCGGUUCGAGAGAGACCACCAGGUGGAUCCCACAGCGAGGGCUUGUACCAGGAGGAGCGGAGACACGGAAGAUCCAUCUAAAGGUACCCCUCCACCCCUGCAUCUCUUCAGGGGCGUGUCACCUGGGUUCUCUUUAACAUGCACGCUCCCAGGAGUGUGGAGCCCGUUUAGUUGAGAGGGAUCCACGGGGUGCGUGGUGUGUGUGUGUUUGUCUUGGAGAUGGGCUCGGUGGGAGCGGAACGCCGCAGGCCCGGGUUGGCCCAGACGCCCGAGGAGCGGGACGUGUGGAGGGAUGGAGGGAGAGUCGGAUGGAGGGAUGCAGGGAGGGAGGCCUGGAGGGAGGGCAGGGAGAGCGGCGUGGUGCAGAGCUACAGCUUCGACUCCUACCAGCUGGAGGAGGAGGAGAUCAGUAAGGACGCCCCGGAGKGAGGAGUGCUGGCUCUGUCUGAGCCCGACUUUGAAGAACCGAUCCCCGAUGACCGCUACCAUGGCAUCUAUUUCGCAAUGCUGUUAGCUGGAGUUGGUUUCCUGCUCCCCUACAACAGCUUCAUCACCGAUGUGGACUACCUGCAUCGCAAGUUUGAGGGAACAUCUAUCGUGUUCGACAUGAGUCUGACCUACAUAUUGGUGGCUCUGCUGGCCGUCAUCCUCAACAACGUGUUGGUGGAGAGGCUCAGCAUGCACACCAGGAUCACUGUAGGUUACAUCCUGGCUCUCGGGCCGCUCAUCUUUGUCAGCACGUUUGAUAUUUGGCUGGAAAAGUUCACCACCAAGCAGUCCUACGUCAUCAACCUUUGUUCAGUGGGAGUGGUGGCCUUCGGGUGCACWGUGCAGCAGUCCAGUUUCUAUGGUUACAUGGGGAUGCUGCCCAAGAGGUACACACAGGGGGUGAUGACUGGAGAGAGCACAGCUGGGGUGAUCAUCUCUCUGUCGCGCAUCUUCACCAAGCUGCUGAUCUCAGAUGAGAACAAGAACACCCUCAUCUUCUUCCUGGUCUCCAUCAGCAUGGAGAUGCUUUGCUUCCUGCUCCACCUGGUGGUCCGACGCUCCCGGUUCGUGCGCUACUACACCAGCCACGCUCAGGGCAAAGGUCCGGUCAAAUGUCACGACCCACGAGAAAACGCCAGCGGAUACAGGGUUCACCACGACGUCACUGCAGAGGAAGUAAGAUUUGGGAACGGAGGGACAGGACCAGUGUCUGCAGAUGAAGGUGUUGAGGACGUAGCGGGUGGUACUUACGUUCGAUUUGAUGCUCCUAAAGCUAAGAUAAGGAAGAGCUGGCCUGGUGUCCGCGACAUGAUCCUACAUCGUUACGUGGUGUCCCGUGUGAUCUGGGCCUACAUGCUGUCCAUAGCUGUGACCUACAGCAUCACUCUGUGCCUCUUCCCCGGGCUGGAGUCAGAAAUACGAAACCACACCCUGGGGGAGUGGCUCCCCAUCCUCAUCAUGGCCACCUUCAACAUGUCCGACUUUGUUGGCAAGAUCCUGGCAGCGCUGCCAUACGACUGGUCCGGAGGCCGCCUGCUCUUCUUCUCCUGCCUCAGGGUGGUCUUCAUCCCUCUGUUCGUCAUGUGCGUGUACCCGGCCAGCUCGCCCACGCUGUCCCAUCCCGCCUGGCCCUGCUUCUUCUCCCUCCUCAUGGGGGUCACCAAUGGUUACUUUGGGUCGGUGCCAAUGAUCCAGGCCGCUGGCAAAGUCCCACCUGAGCAGAGGGAGCUGGCAGGGAACACCAUGACGGUGUCCUACAUGACGGGUCUGAUGAUCGGCUCCACCGUGGCGUACGCAGCUUACAGCUUCACUGUUCCAGGAGGAGCAGGAGGAGCAGGAGGAGGAGUUCUCCAUAAGCUCAACUCUACACGGUACUGAAGGUCCACAUGAAGCCAAACAAAGACAGCAGAAACAAACUGAUCUGAGUUCAGCUGCGGAGGAUGAGAAGAAAGAAGGGAAUAAAACUUCUGAACUCGUUUUCUUCAGCUUGGUGAGUUUUUUUUUCUUUUUGUGAUGAAGAUCCAAAGAGGAGCAGCCCCACAUUUCCUCUCUGAGGGUCUCACGGUGAGAACCACUGCUUGCGUCAGAGCCAACAGGUCGUCUGAAGUCGAGUCAUGUUUCACCGCAAGUUUCAAGACGUCCCUGAGUCACGAAGAGUCGAUGGGUUCAAAAGCUCUUUUCACAGAGAUUUUAUCAGCUGGAAGUCAUUAAAAUCAUUCCACCGGUUCAUGCAGAAGGAGGGAGGAUCAGAGAGUUAACGAGACUUUAAACCUUUAGAAAUUAAAUAAUGGUUGUGUCUCAGUUCAGGGCCGUGGMCCGGUCCAUUUCGUGGGUUCCUCCUCAUGCAGCCUUUAAAACGCUGAAAACAUAACUGCAUCUGAUUCAUCCCAGCCAACAAUAUCCCAGGAUUCAUUGCACUGUCAUCAGUUUUUACAGAAAAAAAAAAAAGACAGAGUUUGGAAAGUUUUUUGCGGACCAAAAAAUUUGUUGUUUAGCGACUUAGCUGGAGAAAUUUACGCUGUAAUGUGAUGGUAAACGACAUUUAAUUACAAGUACAAGUGGUGGGCAGCACUAAUCUAAAAAUUAGUUCCACUAGCCKUAAAGCACUAACUCAAAUAUUUAGGUCCCCUAAUU